AUGUCUACCAUCAAGCUGGACCACAUCGAGCUUCUCACCAGCGCAUCCAACUAUGAGACCUGGAAGCACGGAAUCAGUCAGGUUCUUCAGGGCAAAGGAUUCUGGGGACACAUCGAAGGCGAUACCAGAAUAUAUGCACUGUUUCUGCAAUCUCUUGAGCCUCCCACAUGUGACAUGUCUUCGACCCCUGCACAGAUCACAGCCUACCAGGAGUGGUGGCAAAAGGACUCCAAGGCUCAGACAAUUGUUGAAAGGCGAAUCACGCCGCUUAUCCUCAACCUUCUCCCACAGGGUGUCUCUGUCAUGGCCUGCACCAUCUGGGCAAGCAUUGCCGUCCUAUAUGUGCACACGGAUGUCCUCACCCAAUUCAAGCUACGCGACAAACUCAGCACAAUGAAACUCAAAGACCAUCGAGAUCUGGAACAGUAUCUUGGCAAGUUCAAGGUCAGCCAUAUCAGACUUGCUCAGAUGGGCGUUGCCAUCUCUGAACUCGAGCUUGUCCACACUGUUAUACGUGGGCUUCCUCUGGGUGGAACCUGGGGAAAUUUCAGACAGCUUAUGAAUGCACUCCUCAAUCGGAUCAUGUCGUGCCUCACCAUCGAAUGUCAGCGCCUCGACUUCGAAAAGGUCGGGAAGGCUGGGCCGGGAUCUGAAUUUGCCAAUUUCAUGGGGAACGCAACCAACACACCAAUAUCUGCUAGCUGA